UACAGUGAUCCAUUUAAGCUUUUGAGCUAAAGAAAAUCUUAACACUUGCAAAUCUCCAUGUUUUGAAACAGUUCAUUGUGUAGCAGCUGAUUUGACAAUAUUGGAAGCACAGUAUGAAAGAGCCGUCUUUAAAAAUAAGUUCUUUGUUACCUCCUGCAUGCCACUUUUUGUCUACUAGGAAGCCCAUUGUCUCGGUGCCUGUGUUUCACUUGGGCCCCAUUAGGAGUGCCAAGCCCCACUCCCACUGCACCUGACUUCUUCCCUCUUAGCCUGUAUCCUCUUCUCUUGCUGUUCCAAGCAAUCGGAGCUCAUUUUUCCCUCCUCAUCCAUGCCUGACCCUUUUUUCCUUGCCUUGCCCCUCCUUCUCAGCUGUUCCCUCCCCUUGCUCUGAAUCUGCCGGCUGUGGGUUUUUUCAUAGUCACUGGGAGAUGUGACAGGCUUUGGAAUUAUAUUAGCCAUGAAAAACCUAUAUCUGGAGUUGAAAAAUCUGACGUGGCUCUCCGGGCAGCAGGGACUGAUGGUGAAGAGAAUUUCAGUCUCCAGCAGCUUUUUCUUUAUGGCAGUGACUGAUUAUUUAUGCUUGUGGCAUUUCUCUCAGUGCAGAUGUGAGCACUGAACUGAAAAGACUAGUAGGUUGCUGAAAUUUCAGUGUCUUGGGGUGCAGACUAUAUGUCAAAAAGGGACGUUCGGUAAUUGCUUGAGCCUCAGGCACAAUGUUCCGCAAGAAGAAGAAGAAACGUCCUGAAAUCUCUGCCCCGCAGAACUUUGAGCAUCGCGUGCACACUUCAUUUGACCCAAAGGAGGGGAAAUUUAUUGGCUUGCCUCCUCAAUGGCAGAAUAUUCUGGACACUCUGAAACGGCCGAAACCUGUUGUAGACCCUUCAAGGAUCACUCGAGUGCAGCUUCAGCCGAUGAAGAAGGUUGUGAGAGCCAGCACAUUUGAAGUGGAAGGAUAUAUCUCUGGGAUACUAAAUGAUAUCCAAAAGCUCUCCCUCAUCAGCUCAAAUACUUUGAGGGGAAAGAGCCCAACGAACAGGAGAAGAGCCCAAUCACUGGGACUUCUUGGGGAAGAUGAACCUACAGACAUGUAUCUACAGUGUGCUGAGCCAGACUGGACAGACAAAUAUGGAAACUACCUCAACUGCAAUGGUGGAUCCAAGUCAUCUAGAAGGCAGACCUUGUGGCCAGAUUAUAAACCCAUCAUGGAUGGACAGGCUCAUUCCAAUGGCCUUGUAAUGAAAGCUCAGUCCCUUGGUCCGUCAGAAUUCCACAGCACAAAUAGCCGAUUUGUCCCACUUCCUUCAAGUUUUCAUCACCAGCAAUACAUCCCAGUCCCUACAGUAAACCAAGAAAACGCUGGAGGGAGAAGGAACUCAGAAGAGCGCCAUCCUCCACCUUACCAGGGGACCCCUGCUAAUUCAAGGCCACCUGGGGAAGGCAGUCCUGGCUCCAAGUCGAGGGAAAACAGCUUAAAAAGAAGGUUGUUACGAAGUAUGUUCCCCUCAACCAGCACCACAAACAAACCCGGAAUCAGCCAGCCGAUAAAGCCCAACCCUUUCUACAGGCCACCACCGCAUUGGGGUUCACCACACAGCCCUGCAACCAAAUCCCAGUCACUUCCUUCUGACCAGCCAGUACCUGAUUAUGCCAGGAUUUCAGAAGCAAGUACCCCUCAGAAAUCACCGACCAAUGAACACCCAUCAUCAGCUUUGCCUCAAGGCAGGCCAUCACCAGCAGGUUCUCCCCGGAACCGCCAUACCCAAACCAGCUCCAGCAACCUUCUCCUUCCCUUGGACUCUAAAAUGCAGCUAACCAGCGAGGAUCCAGCAGUUGUAACCCAUGAGCAGUUCAAAGCUGCACUGAGGAUGGUGGUGGACCAAGGAGAUCCUAGGACAAUGCUGGAGAACUAUGUUAAGAUUGGCGAGGGGUCGACUGGGAUUGUCUGCAUUGCUCGUGAAAAGCACUCUGGGCGGCAGGUGGCAGUGAAGAUGAUGGACCUACGGAAGCAGCAGCGACGGGAGCUCCUUUUUAAUGAGGUUGUAAUAAUGCGAGAUUACCAGCAUGACAAUGUGGUCGAGAUGUAUAAGAGUUAUCUUGUGGGAGAUGAACUCUGGGUGCUGAUGGAAUUUCUUCAGGGAGGAGCUCUCACUGAUAUUCUUUCUCAAGUCAGGCUGAAUGAAGAGCAAAUUGCUACAGUGUGUGAGUCAGUCUUGCAGGCACUUGCCUACCUGCAUUCUCAAGGUGUGAUUCACAGAGAUAUUAAGAGUGAUUCUAUUCUUCUUACUCUUGAUGGAAGGGUGAAACUCUCUGAUUUUGGCUUUUGUGCUCAAAUCAGUAAAGAUGUGCCAAAAAGGAAGUCAUUAGUAGGAACACCUUAUUGGAUGGCUCCAGAGGUUAUUUCAAGAUCCCCAUAUACCACUGAGGUAGACAUCUGGUCUUUGGGCAUCAUGGUGAUAGAGAUGGUAGAUGGAGAACCUCCUUAUUUCAGUGAUUCUCCCGUACAAGCAAUGAAGAGGCUUCGUGACAGCCCUCCACCCAAAAUAAAGAAUUCUCAUAAGACAUCACCAGUUUUAAGAGACUUCUUGGAACGGAUGUUAACACGAGAUCCCUUGGAGCGAGCAACAGCACAAGAACUCUUGGAUCAUCCGUUCUUGCUUCAGACUGGACUCCCAGAGUGCCUGGUGCCCCUUAUCCAGCGCUACAGGAAACGCACCUCCACCUGCUGACCCUGAACUCAUGGACCCCUAGUAUCAUAGUAUUACAGUGCAAACGUCCUCCUGAAAACAUUCACUGGAUUACUCUUGUUAUGGUUAAAAAUAUUUAUAUAUCUUUUCUGCUCGUCAGAGCCCUCAAAAAGAUGCCCAAUACAAAUCAAAACUUUCAUUUUUAAACAAAACAUUCUCUUUAAAAAAUAGGCCAAAACACAUUCAAAGCCUAUGAAAAGAAUGUUUAUUCCUGGUUGAAAAGUCAGUUCCAGACUUCACUUGGAAGAGUUCUGCAACAGAAGUGCUGCUACAGAGUAAUGCCCACUUUAUUUACCUGCCGACAAUGGUGGAACAGUCAGGACUUCUGAUGAAAUUCUUAAAUUAUGGGCAGGCUCAUACACAUGAAUAAAGUUUUUGGAUAUCUUAGCCCUGAGUUUGGAAUUCGACGGUAUUUGUUUCUAAUUUUUCAGUGUUCCCACCGACAAGAUGUGAACAUAAGAGGGAAUUUUCACCAUCUUUGGCUUCUUUCUAAUGUUUACUCUUCUUUCCCCCUCUGCUGAAGACAAUCAAAAGUUGGAUUCCUGCAAAUCCUAACUGUAAUAUAUUGUGAAGCGCCCAAAUUGUUCAUGUUUCACAAGGAUGUUAUUUAUAUACAGCAUUAGAAAGAUGACUCUUCCAUCUUAGAAUGUUUUUCUGUACAACUCGAGACAUUAACAAGUGACUGAAUGAGAGAUAUCUCUUUAGCAGAAUCAUUUGUUCUGUAAUGUUGACUAUAAGGUAUGCAUUCUCAUCCUAUAAUCCUAAAUUGUAUCACUCCUUUCUUAAGAGGAAUUGAACCCACAUUGUAAAAGGAUCUGAUAACUUAUUUCCUUCCAGAAUAUUCAUUUCUUUCUGCAAGAAUGACUUUUGAAAAGUAAAGAGUGGUCAGUCAUUUCACAACUGAACAUCAUCUGGAGAGGAGCUCUCUACUGUAUACAUUUCUUCAGAGACAGCAUAACCUUAUGCUUGAGGCUCCACAACCUGUGCCUUCCCAAGCAGUGACUUUAUGAGAAGACAUCACAGGUGUCGUCUAAAUUGGAUUUCUCAACUUUGCCAAUACUCAACCCCGUCAAAAUAGCAUUGGACAUGCCAAUGGACAUUUCUCUGAGGCAGCUAAAUUGGAUGGGUGUUUAUAUCAGCUUUGGAUUAUGUAGUAAGGUUAAUAAAACAUUGGAGCUCUUUUGUUUAUUCCACUGAGAAAAUUGUUUUGCUGGUAAGAAUAUUUAGCCCCUACCUCCCAUGUUUUUUUUUAAAGAGCAGAGGGAGUGCGUGGAGUAAGAGUCCAAAAAAUCCUGUAUGAAGGUGGACUACUUUUAAUAUUCUUUUCUAAAGUUGAUGCAGACAUUUUGUAUGGCAGAUCUAAUUGGUGUCAAGGUUAUCAGGUCAAGGUAAAUUAAUUCUUAGUUUAGAUUGUAUUAUGUGCAUUACUGUACGGGGCGUAAUUGUGGCAUAUCUGGAGUUCAGUCUUGUGAAACAGACGUUUUGCAUUUGUGGACUACAAAGGUUAUAGAAAGGGAGGGAGGGUUAGAAGGGGUCAACUUCAGUUCUACUGCCUCAUGAACAGAACUUACAAAAGUUAAUGUUUUGGACCAUAACUCAUACAAUACUCCCAAUAACAUGGUAGCUAGAGGUUUCUGAGAAUUGAAGUCCAAAACAGUUACUUUUAUACAUCAAAUUCUACUUUCACAUAAUAAGUUAUUCAUCUAUCCAGUUGCAGGGAAAUGGUGAUAGUAAAAGUAUAAAAACCAACAGGUCAAAAUGUUGGGGAAAUGUUUGUUGUAAAAUAUUUCUGUAUGUUCCUGGGUUUUGUGCAAAAAAAAGUUUUCUAAAAGUCUAAUUAUCUUAAAACAAAUGUUUCAUCUUUUUGUGAAUUGUUUGCUGUUUUAAAUUAAAAUGAAUUUUUGAUUAUUCAUACA